CAGGCAAUGCGGAACCGGGGGGAGUGCGCCGCCCUUCUCUGCCGGAGGCUUGUGGCGGAGGGGACGCGGCACGUGCACGAACGCGCCCAGCUUUGCAGCAGCAGCAAAAGCAACACGAUGACCGAGGAGGCGAAGAAGCUGGCCGCCUGGGCUGCGGUGAACAACCACGUGCAGAAUAAUCAAGUCCUUGGAAUUGGAAGUGGGUCUACAAUUGUUCACGCUGUGCAGAAAUUGGCUGAGAGAGUGAAGCAAGAAAAUCUCAACAUAGUCUGUAUACCUUCAUCUUUCCAGGCACGACAGUUGAUUCUGCAGAACGGCCUAACCUUAAGUGACUUGGAUCGACACCCUGAGUUGAAUGUUGCCAUCGAUGGUGCCGAUGAAGUCGACUUGGACCUCAAUCUUAUCAAAGGAGGAGGGGGCUGCCUGACGCAGGAGAAGAUAGUCGCUGGCUAUGCAAAAAGCUUCGUUGUCAUUGCUGAUUAUAGGAAAAAGUCUGAAAGCCUCGGAGAGCAGUGGAAGAAAGGUAUCCCUAUUGAAGUCAUCCCAAUGGCCUAUAUUCCAGUUUCCAGAGCUCUGGCCAAGAGGUUUGGGGGCGUCGCAGAGCUGAGGAUGGCUGUGAAUAAGGCGGGCCCUGUUGUGACUGACAAUGGAAACUUCAUACUGGACUGGAAAUUUGAUAAAGUCCAUAACUGGCGUGAAGCGAAUGUGGCAAUCAAGAUGAUUCCAGGAGUGGUGGAAACGGGCCUGUUUAUCGACAUGGCGGAGCGGGUUUACUUUGGCAUGGAAGAUGGUUCUGUAAGUGUCCGGGAAAAGCCAGUCCACUGACCGCCACCCAGACCCCCCCCCCCAAAUCUACUCUGCCUUCAGCCCAUUGCAUAUAGUUUUAUCACUUUGGUGCCAAUUUGACAUCUUGCCUUAAAGCCUGUCUGUCGGGAUCUUGGUGAACGUAACCAAAGGUCCAGCAGAUCUCACUGAUAAUGGAAGUGAAUGUUGUUUUAAAUUAUAU